AUGAUUAAAGCGUUUUUGAAGAUGGUCCAAAUAGAAAAACAAACAGUUCGCAAACCUUAUCUAGGUGGAUGGCGACACAAGAUUACCGAAACAGAAUAUUUAAAUGCAGCUACGCAGACUGGACCUCCACCGAAACGAAUACCAUGGAAAGACACACGAAGCAGAAUGGUGCAAACUGUGCAAACGACGGACGAAGCAACACAAUCGUUACGUCAUCGUGUCACACAAAUGUGGCGAGACGAUUGUUACAUACCUAAUGAAGCGGAUAAGUACAUGACUGUGAAGCCUUAUGAGAGUUACAUUGAAAUGCAGCUGCGACUUGGUAGGCAUGCAUGCGUAAUUCAAAGAAAUUAUCGAGCAUAUAGAUUGAUGAAAUAUGUCAGGAAAUGUGCGCAAACUUAUCGUGAUCUAUCCGAGAAUUGUAGACGAUACGAAGAAGAAAAAGCUAUUGCGUACAAAAUGCGACAUAAACGGAACAUCCUUCGCCAAACUUAUCCGCGAUCGAGGGCAGACUUCGAUAUGCUUUAUAGCCUGAUCGAGAAAUGGAGGGCCGAUCGUUUGAAAGACAUAAAGUUACGGCUGUUCAAGGCCGGGCAGCGUGCCGAGAAUUACAGGAUCCUAGAGAAGACAGUGGAGAUGUUUAAUCACGUUGACAGACAUAAACAGGCAAUCAAGAGUGCGUACAGGAAACGGAGAACUCUUCGAUUCUUGACGGUGAAUUGCGAGCCGAUACGAUGGAACAGUUACAAGAGGAUACCUGUAGAAAUGAUAACUAUGAGAAUUCAAAAGGCUCGAGAGUUCAAAGAAUUAUACGAUGCACUUAGCAGUCGCGAUGUUACCUUAGAAGAACGGAUAAAAUUACUGAUGACGUUAAAAAAAUUGCUCAAAGAGCACAAUUGCUUAGAGGCUUUUGAUUUGUUAUUCUUAUUGGAUCAAGAGAUCACGUUGCUGAAUCGGAAGAUCAAGGGUUUAUCGCUCGACAGUCUCAACGAAAGAAUAAUGCAUACUUACUUGAACUUUGUGAGCAUGUACGGCAUCUGCGGCUGCGAAUGUGUCGACGAAAAUUUCAAGAAUGACGAGUUGCGAGAGUCUUUAGAGACGAGAACUAAAUUCUGCCGCAGUUGUUUGAAGCUACUUCCUUACCACAGAUUUUUAUCACACACUAGAAUGAAGAAGACAUCAGUUUGCAUCAGUUGCAGUUCUCUACGUCAACGUAAUAUCGCGCACGUGGACUACGAUCCUUACAUGUUUAUACUAAACUGUGUGCAAGCCGAUGAAAAUCGUCGAAACAGCACUUCUGCUUUGCCGUUCAUAAUGCAGGAGCACGAUAUUUAUCAUCUGGUCAACCACAUUUGGCACGGCCGAUCGGCGGUCAGCAAGAACAUGGAUCUCUUUCUUUUCAGGUUGGCCCGGUAUCAGAAGGAUGUUGAGUGGUCACCAUGGAAUUGUAUUCUUCUAACGGAAGACGAAGCCGACGUGCAUUAUCGUAUCGAUGAUCCUGCUACUGUAUAUUCGAAGUAUUUAAUAAACCAGAUCCAUUUGGCGCAUCAGACUGCAAAGAAUUAUUUCAAACAAUUGAUUGUCAUCGAGAAAGAUUUCCGAGCAUCUUGUCGCUUUUCUACGCUUCAAGCUUCAAAACAGUACAGAUCGCCGUUAACUGUGGAAAAUUAUGAUCCAUCUAGAAAAUACGAGUUAUGUAAAGAGAUUUUAGAAAACGUCGACUGCGUCUUGCAAAUGAAAUGCAGGAGUAAUUCCAAUAUUGCGCCGACCACUUUACCCGAACUAAUUUCAAGUGCAUUAUGCCUUCAAAUCAGAUCAUGGAUUUUAAUUAUGAAGGAAAUUGGAGAGCCUCUGGAAUCUCGUUAUCGACAACAGGUAUUAAACAAUAACAAACUGAUUUCUUAUUAUGAAAAGACGAUACUUUUAGAUGAAUGCUGA